UCCAUACCCUCUCUCUCUCUCUCUCUUUUCUCCAUCUACCUUUCACACUCGUUUCUCUUCUAUCAACAUAUAGUCUCGCCUUCCUUUGCGAACACUUUACGAAUCAAAGCAAUAUCGACCACCGCCUGUAUAUAUAACCCAACCGUGUCACUCAUCCACGCCCACCGCUCGUUUUUGCUUUUUUUUCUUGGGUUUUUAAGAUCUCAAGACAAUAUAUACACCUCUCGAAUUCUGAAUGUGCUGGAGCUGCUGUUCUUCUUCUGGUCCCAAAUGGAAACGAGAAAUUGUUCGAGACCACAAGUUCGAUUAUGUCGACUUGGACGAAUUUUAUGAUCGGUCCUGUUUUGCACGUCUAGGCUAUCUAUGGGUGUAUAUCAUGAUACUCAAGUCCACAGCCGUCUACCUGGCCGAUUUAUGGACUGCAAUCUCACUUUUGGCGCUGGACAACCAAAUGUAUGCCGAGCCUGUCAUUCCGACCGAAACGUCGAAAUGGAUCUUUUUAGCCUCGAUCAUUGUCUCGUAUCUGCUAUUGUUCUGGGACAUGGUCAAAACCCGCAAAAUCAUCCGAUCGCGCAACAUAUCCUUUGCAUUCACAUCGAUCAUUGCAAGUCGAUACUACAGUAUUCGAAAGGGAUACAAAUACUACUGCCUCUUCCGUAAGAUCGACAAACAGCUCGACCCAAUCCCCUUUUUCGUGUUUUUCACACUGAAAGGCUGGAAACGUUUGUUUUUGACAGAAUCGCCACGUCAGGUGAUCAACAUUGUCACAUUGGUCGCGCUGGUACCAAAAUGGAUCCAGAUUGAAAAGGGUGGCCAAGUCUUGCUGGAUAAUGAAGCGCUGGGCAAAGACUUGGUGCAGAAAAUCAUGACGGGGACCAUGGCAUUUUCGGUCGUUAUCUUUGGCAUUUCGUUCUUGUUGGUGUGUCUCGCGUUCAUCAUGUAUGUUCCGCUCCUGUGCCAUAUUCAGGGCAACUUGAAAGAAUAUUGCUGUCAUAAAGUAGACAAGAGGAUUGCCGAGUUGCUUCGCCGACAAGCUCGUAAACGCACUGCAAAGAAUCAACAACAGCAGGCUGGAAGAUGGGACGCUCAUCACCAACCGCCAACAAUAACGUCAAACGCAGUAGAAGCGAAAAACAUGAUUUAUAGCCAACCUGAAUACGCCCAAUCCGAUCAGCUGGGACUGAUUGCGCAUGCCCAGGUCCAACCCUACUCGCCAACUCCAUCGUCAACCUAUUCUUCACCCUACUAUUAUCACCAUAACAACAACAACAACAACUAUUUCUGAUAAUCAAUGUAAAUUAUAGCAUAUCUCUUUUCCCUUUCCUCCCUUCCUCGCUCUUGCCUCUGUUGAUUGCUGGUUACCAAAACGCAGGGCAACUUUUUACUAACAACAACUCCAUCACCACCAUCAUCAAUUUGUUCAUUUCCACCCUUGAUGUUAUGAUAAACGAUCUUGCUUUACUGUUCUGAUAUGUAUAUCCCAAUAUUAUGCAUGCAUUAUACACUGAUGG